AUGCUCGACACAGGCCAGGCAGGCAUCUCCUUUGGAGAUGGACCCCGGAUUGUGUCUGUCGGUGCGACCGCGAUUCGCACGGCAUUCGGGCCCGUUGAUUUCCACGUUCUUCCCACUAAGACCCCGUUCCUCCUCUCCCUAGCCGAUAUGGACCGGCUAGGCUUGUUUUUCAACAAUCAGACCAACGAAGUCGUCCGCGAUGACAUUCGCGUUCCCGCAGUACGUAAAUGGGGCCACGCAUGGUUCCAUCUAGCUAGACUCCACCGACUGCUUAGAUGUGCCGGGCAUGAUGAUAUUGAUGAGCAGUCAAUCCGUGAGAUCACGAGGAUGUGCCACCACUGUCAAAUCAACGGCACCUCCCCCCAACGCUUCAGGUUUACCCUUAGAGACGACCGCGAGUUCAAUUUCGAGAUAACCGCGGAUGUAGUCCAAAUAGGCGGAAAGCCUGUGCUACACGUGAUCGACGAAGCCACAGCGUUCCAAGGCGCCAGGCAGGUGCCUAUCGAAGCCCACAACUCGAUUGGAAAGGUAGAAAAGGCACACGGCCCUCCGCCGCGCCUACGAUAUCCUCCAAGCAGAGUUGGGAUCACAGCGGUCAAGAAAUACCACCGUGAUCCUCAGGCCCCCUCAUCACAACCCCACGACGACUCGCAGCCAAAUCCCCGACGAGUCGACCCCAAUGCACCCCCUAACCCCGAUCAAGAUGAUGCCCCUGCCCCUGUGCUCCUACCUGAACAACGCCGACGAGGACGCCCCAAAGGCUCCAAGAACAAGCCCAAGACCGGCGUAGCCAACCUGUCAAAGAAGGAAGGUGUGUUUGAGUUCAUUCGUUUCGACCCCGUGGCCCACAAAGGCCAAAGACUCUUUAAAGCCUACGAGAAAUCCCGUCUCUCCAAAACCCCCCUGAAUCCAGAGUCAGGUCUCCAUUGGUUCGUGACAUAUUAUAGGCAUCAUCCCGCCGGCUUCGGCAUGGUCGCUAUGCAGACGGAUGACACCCUCCUCCUCGCCUCCCCUGAGUUCGCGGCCGCAGAAGAAAAAGAGAUCCAGAAGGCUAAGCUCCGCUCGAAACCAAGGAGCCAGCUAUCGGCCGCGACUCCUCGACAGAAGGGCCAAGGCCAGAAGUUAGCCACCAUCUUUCUCUCCUCCACGGAUCGCGCGCAGCAAUACGCCCAACAGCGCGCGCGCGGAGCAUAUAUCGCAUCAAUCUGCCAGCCCGAGGCCACCUCACAACUGGGCUUUGUUAUUGUGCUCGCCAACGAGGAACAGAGCCCUGCUGAUUUCACGAUCAGAGGCAAUGUCCUGCACUGGUCAUCUACGAAGAGCAAGCGAGUGACCCGGAGCGUGCUAGCCUCGGAGAUCUACGGCAUGGUCCAAGGUUUCGAUAUGGCCAUUGUCAUCGCGACCACCCUGCAGGCUAUUGUCAAGCAGCUGGACCUACCCCGACUCCUCAUUGUCUGCACCGACUCAUACUCGCUAUACGAAUGCCUCGUAAAGCUCGGGACCACGAAAGAGAAGCGACUCAUGAUUGAUAUCAUGGCGCUAAGGCAGUCCUACGAGCAGCGCGAGAUGGCAGAGAUCCCACCCAACCGUGCUUUGGAACGGUUGAUUGAGACGAACAGGCUGACGAUUCGAGUGGAAGGAUAUGUACAACGACCCGUGACCGCAGACACCACCUAA